UGGAGGAAUUAUUAUUAUCAUUUGAUAUUGGAAAAUUAUGCAAAUGAAAAUAAGAGUUCAACGACCGAUCGCUGCUGACCUACGCUUCCCUCCUCUUUUUUCUUCAUUCCUAAUUUAUUAGAUCCCUCGAUCUGCUUAUUUAUGUUGCUUGGGUUUGUUUAAUCAAAAUAAAAUUAAAAAAAAAUCUGAAGCUAAUCAGAUGGCUGCUGCACCCGCCAGAGCUCGAGCUGAUUACGAUUACCUCAUCAAACUCCUAUUGAUCGGCGACAGCGGUGUGGGUAAAAGUUGUCUUCUUCUAAGAUUUUCGGAUGGCUCUUUCACCACCAGUUUCAUUACUACCAUUGGGAUUGAUUUUAAGAUAAGGACUGUAGAGCUUGAUGGUAAAAGAAUCAAGCUACAAAUUUGGGAUACUGCCGGACAAGAGCGGUUCCGUACUAUUACUACCGCUUACUAUCGUGGAGCUAUGGGCAUAUUGCUGGUGUAUGAUGUCACUGAUGAGUCAUCUUUCAACAACAUUCGGAACUGGAUUAGAAAUAUUGAACAGCAUGCCUCCGACAAUGUCAACAAAGUAUUAGUUGGCAACAAGGCUGACAUGGAUGAAAGUAAAAGGGCCUUUCCUACCUCUAGGGGUCAAGCGCUCGCUGAUGAAUAUGGCAUCAAAUUCUUUGAGACAAGUGCCAAGACGAACAUGAACGUGGAGGAGGUUUUCUUCUCAAUAGCUCGGGACAUAAAACAAAGACUUGCUGAGACAGACUCAAAGGCGGAGCCUCAGACCAUUAAAAUUACCCAACCAGACCAAAUAGGCGGGGCUUCCCAGGUUGCUCAAAAGUCGUCUUGUUGUGGCUAAACGCGUCGCCUCUGAAGAUUGGAUGGUUAGAUACAUCAUCCCUUAAAAUUGACCAUUUCGACGAGGAGAUAGUCUUUUUUAUGACGAUAUCUAUGUUGCUUGUAAUGUCACCCCUCUCUCUAAUUAUUUUUAGGUGCUACACAAUUGUGUUCUAUUUAUUGGAUGGAUGGAUUAAUAUAUUUCUAAUGAAUUUUCUGAGCC